UUAGAAUGGAUGCAAUAGAAAAGAGAGUCUGUACAUUUGUGCGAGUCAAGCCAACGACCGAUUUUGCUCAAGAUAUGAUCAAGUUUGGGCCAGACAACAAGAGCAUAGAUAUACACAUCAAAAAAGAUGCCAAGAAAAGAGUCGUGAAUAACAGCCAGACCGACUGGUCCUUCAGACUGGACGCUGUCCUUCACAACGCCUCCCAGGAACUGGUUUAUGAGACUGUGGCUAAGAGACUGGUGGCCGAAGCUUUAAUUGGCUAUAAUGGCACCAUAAUGUGCUACGGGCAGACAGGGGCUGGGAAAACUUACACCAUGACGGGAGCAACUGCCGAGUACAAGCAUCGAGGAAUCAUUCCCCGAGCCAUACAGCAGGUCUUCAAAGCAGCCGCGCAGUCCGUUGAUGCGUUGGUCACUCUGCGAAUAUCCUACCUGGAAAUCUACAACGAGACCUUGCUGGACCUUCUGUCCACUGUGACAGGCAGUGGGAGCAGUGACACGCAGCUGGCUGUGGUGGAUUGCCCCCAGGGUGUUUAUGUCAGGGGCUUAUCUGUCCAUACAGUGAGCCACGAGGAAGAUGCUCUAAAUCUCCUUUUUGAGGGUGAGACCAACAGGGUGAUAGCAGAGCACACCCUGAAUAAAAACUCAUCCCGGUCCCAUUGCAUCUUUACUAUUUACAUUGAGUCUCGUUUCAGAGCUUUCUCAGAUGUCAAAUGCAUUAACUCUAAAAUCAACUUAAUAGACCUGGCAGGCUCGGAGAGACUGAGCAAGACCGGAUCUGAAGGGCAGGUUCUGAAAGAAGCCACGUACAUCAACAGGUCGCUGUCGUUCCUUGAGCAACUCAUCGUUGCCCUGGCUGAUCCUAAGCGGGAGCACAUCCCCUUCCGGCAGUGCAAGCUCACGCACGUCCUCAAGGACUCGCUGGGGGGAAACUGCAACACUGUCCUCGUGGCAAAUACCUGUGGAGAAGCUGUGCACGUGGAAGAGACCUUGUCUUCUCUUCGUUUUGCCAGCAGAAUGAAAUGCAUCACCGCAGAGCCAGUCAUCAACGAGACCUACGACCAAGAGGGGACAGUGAAGAUUUUGGAGAAGGAGAUCAGGCUGCUGAAGCAGGAGCUGGCCAUGCACGACAGCCUGGCAAAUGGUUCUUUGGUGACUUAUGACCCCCUGACCGACGUCCAGAUAGCUGAGAUUAAGUCUCAAGUCCGUAGAUACCUAAAAGGAGCCAUUGAUGAGAUUGAUAUUGUGAACGUCAGGCAAAUCCAGGAGGUCUUCAAGCAGUUCAGACUGAUCGUAAGUAAACAGGAGCGGGAAGCGGAGGCCAGAAUACGAAGCAAGUACGCUCUGGUAGACAAAAAUGACUUUGUUGCUGUUGCUGCCCUUCAGCAGGCAGGUGUGGUUUACCUGGAGAGCCAUUUGGGGCAGGAGGAGGAUGAAGAGACUUCUGGGACUAGAACUACUCCUUUUUCAUCCGGACAUGGCAGGAGGAGGAAAUCCAGGAGAAUCAGUGAGCAGCCCAGGAAGGAAGAAAUCGACAACUUUAUUUCUGGGAAAGAUCUGGAUGAGCUUUUACCAUCACAAGGUCAGACAAUAAUUUCCACCAAGGACCUGGAUGUGAAAGAAGGAGCAGGGAACGAGGAUACAGCCAAUAUUGAUGCAGAGCUCUCAAACUCAGCUUCCGAGGAUGAUUCCCAGCGGCCCAGCUCCCCUCCAUCCAAGCCAGUGGCCUUUGAGCAGUUUAAGGAGGAGGGUGGAAGCGAGAUCAGCCGCAUCUUUAAGGAGAACAAAAGCAUCCUCCUCGCCAGGAAGAAGCGAAGCAUUGCAGUAGCACAGAGGAUCAACUGCAUCAAACGUGAGAUGGAGGGAACCAAAGAGGCUCUGGAGGCUCAGAAGCAGGAGCGGUGGCAGCAGGGAGAGUAUGUUGAUGAGAAAGGACAGCUCAUCAUUGAUGAGAAGGAGUUUCUGCUCAUCAUGAAGCUGAAAGACCUGAAGGAAGAGUACAGAUCUGCUUAUGCCGAGCUGCAGGACCUGAAAGCAGAAAUCCAGUACUGCCAGCAUCUGGUGGACCAGUGCCGGCACAGACUCAUCGCAGAGUUUGAGAUCUGGUACAGCGAGUCCUUCCUUAUUCCCAAGGAUGUGCAGGAAGCUCUGAAGCCCGGUGGCAACAUCCAACCUGGAAUGAUUCCCAUCAACAGAGUCAUGCGCCUGAGGGACCUGGGCAGGGUGGAGAGGUGGGACCGUGUGAACCUCGUGGAGUCCAACAAGGGCAAGGGCAAGGUCCUGCAG